AUGACGACUUUUGAAGGCUUCUCCCCCUUCACCGUCACGACGCAGACCUCGCCCGACGUCGUCAUUCACGGCAUCAAGAGCGGGGACUCGUCGUCGUCGUCGUCGUCGCCGGCGCUUCCGCCCCUCCUCCUGCUCCACGGCUAUCCGCAGAGCCACCACAUCUGGCACCGCGUCGCCGCCGCCGUGAAGGACCGGUAUACCGUCGUGGCCAUUGAUAUCCGCGGGUACGGCGCCUCGUCCAAGCCGGAGGGCGUGGCGUCGUACGCAAAGAGCGCCAUGGCGAGGGACUGCAUCGCCGUCAUGGAUUCUCUGGGCUACAACAAAAGCAGCAGCAGCGGCAGCGGCAGCGGUGACGGCUCGUUCUACGUCUGCGCCCAUGACCGCGGCGCCCGCGUCGCGCACAAGCUGUGCGUGGAAUUUCCGGACCGCAUCAAAAAGGCCAUCUUUUUGGACAUUUGUCCCACGCUCGUCAUGUACAAGACGACAGACGUUGAUUUUGCAAAGGCGUAUUUCCACUGGUUUUUCCUCAUUCAGCCGGCGCCGUUGCCGGAGACGCUGAUUUCGGCGGCGCCGCGGCGGUUUAUGGAGCUCUUAAUGGGCGGCGGCGGCGGCGGCGGUGGGCGGCAAACGGCGGCGAGGGGAGGGGGAUUGGAGGUUUUUGAGCGGGCGAAUUUUGACUACUAUGCCGAGGUGAUGGCGCAGCCGGAGGCGGUGCGGGCCAUGUGCGACGAGUACCGCGCGAGCGCGACGCUGGAUUUGGAGGAGGCGGAGGGGGAUCUGGGGGCGGGGCGGGUGUUGAAGACGCCGCUUCUUGUGCUGUGGGGGGCUCACGGGUAUAUUGCGCGGCGGUUUGACGCUGUGGGGGAGUGGAAGAAGGUGGCUGCCGAGGGGGUCGAGGCGCCUGAUGAGGUUGUCAAGGCGAUUGAUGAGUUUUUUGUCUAG